GUUAAUCACAAACUUUUAUAUUAGUUCUAUUUUUCAAUAGUAAAAUUAUUUUGUUUACGACACAGGAGCAAGUUUCUUGCUAAAUUCCACGUCACCCAAUUGCCCCUAACCUAGCGGCUCGGAAAGUGAUUUUCUUCUGAGACUCAGGUUCGGAAAGUCUUCUCCUUUCUCUGCGCUCCCCAGUCUGCAAGGAUCAGACUCAAGACUCAAAUCUCAAACCUCAAACCUCAGCCUCGGAGACAAUCCCCGUGUAAUUUUCAGAGUCAGAGGGAAGGAGAACUUUGGGAGAUUUGAAUUCAAUUGCAUUUUUGAUUCAUGGGAACUAGGGUUCCUGUUGUCGAGCAUUAUACUUUAAGAACCUCGAAUUCGUACAUCGGAAGUUCGUUGCACGAUCUUAAUGCCGACGACAUAACUGGUGCCGCCGGCCCCGGCGGAGUUGUCGGUGACGGUGGGGUGGACCGCGGUGGCGAUGACGUUACUGAUGAUAGCUUGGGUAAUGACGACGACGACGACCCUGCAGCUGUUGUCAGUGAUUGCAUCCACGAUUCGUAUCGGAAUGCGUUGCCUCUUCAGAGUGUAGGGACCGAUGAUGAUCGAUCUAGUCUUGAAACAGCAGGGUCUUCUAGAGGUUCCUACAAUAUUUUUACCCCAGAGGAUGUAUCACCAAUCGAGACAGCAAGGGCAAGAUUUCUGGACAUCAUUGUGGACCACUUUAUAAAUCCACAUUUGGUUGAGGUGUCAGAUAUGUCAGCUGAUUAUGCAUCUCAGUCUGAGCAAGAUAACUUAAACAAGAGAAGAUUAAGGGAGAUCCAGUAUGAGGGUGAUGCACGGUUUGUUUUGCCUUUAAUGUAUGUAGCUAACUUGUACGAAACGCUGGUGAAUGAAGUCAACUUAAGGAUCUCUUCUUUUAAUGGGAUGCGUGAAAAGACUAUUGGUGUAGCUCUCGAAGCUGCUGGUGGCCUGUAUAGAAAGCUUGCCAAGAAAUUCCCUAGGAAAGGACCAUGCAGUUUUAGAAGACGUGAAUUGGCAACUUCUCUUGAGACAAGAUCAAGAUUUCCUGAAUUAGUGGUACAAGAGGAGAAGCGUGUUCGUUUCGUGGUAGUAAAUGGUCUAUCAAUUGUUGACAAGCCAACAAAUAUGCGUAAUGAUGAUGCUGAGUGGUUUAGGAGAUUAACAGGACGUACUGAAGUUGCCGUGUCGGCUGGAGAUUACAAAUUUUAUGCCCCAAGGCACAAAUACAGACGUGCUGGAUCAAGCAAUGUUCCCUGUAUUCCUGGUUUGCCUUCAUUCCCUGGCGUGGACUCUUCUCCUAUGCCUUCGGCUCAGGGUUACCGAUCCGUCAAUGAACCUCAGAGUACCAGCCAUCAAAGUCCAUCAAAACAACAUAUGCAGCACCUACCUCAUCAGCCUCAAUUCCAUCCUCUGCAGCAGAAUCAUCAACAUCACAUUGACCAGAGUCAUCAAGCACACUACUCCCACAACCAGCAUUGUGGUGCACCGCACAUGUCUGAUAUCACGCACCCCCAACAAUCUUCAGGCAUCCAUCAACAUUUGGCUUGCAUGCCAACAUUAGGUCAUGUUGGAGGUCGUCUGCAUGUAUUGCCAACUAGUCCUGCAAAGUACUGUGAUGAAUGUGGAACUCCUUAUUUGAGGGAGACUUCAAAAUUCUGCUCUGAGUGUGGCACCAAGAGGUUAGGAAUAUGAGAUGAUAUUCAGAAGCGUAAUUCCUUAGUUGUACAUAUGUAAAUGUAGGUCGUUCUUUGUCUGCUUUAUUGAUAUAUGUAGAAUAUAGUAUUUCUGAAGAGAGAAAGGCUUGUGUAGGAGUGUCAUUAAGAAGGUGACAUAUGCUGUUGAAUUACAUAUGAGUUUGGGCAAGGAAACUCGAUUAUUUAGAGAUUUAGAUGUUCUAAUAUUUGUACAUGUAUGUGCUUUCUUCUCUUUUGUAACAAAACUUUUGAAGAAAAGCUAGAAGCCUUGAAAUUCCUUUCCUGGAAAGCUUCUGAUGGUUUAUGGUAAAGAGAUGUCAAUUCAUAAUAGCUCUCUCGAUUAUGCUUCCGCCAAUUUUAUUAGUUCGUUUUUAUUAUCUUUUUUUAGUUUAAUAUGUGAACUAGUAUUAAAAUAAAACAAAUGAUGAACGAGAAACUUGUUUGGCAAUAUAUUUUGGGUGUAUG